AUGACGCUUUUAUACCAGCCCAUUUCAAGAACUUUCGGGCAGAGAGAUGGAUGUCUUACCCCCAGUAACCAGGAAGAAACCAUGAAGUACAAGAACGAUAAGCUCAAUUACGAAGCUUCGGGCUCCAGCUCCAGAAACCACGAGAUCUUGUCUCCUCCAGCUUCGCCUUACCAGAAACACGAAAACACAUACACUGUGCUGCCAGCGCCAGCAUCAUCUGCUUCAGGAACGGUGCCUAGAGCGCUGAAGGUGUACAUGGAGAACGACAGACCAUUCAGCUUAGAGAACUAUAAGAGCUAUACACUUACCGUGAGCCCCUGGACGCAGCUUGGCGGUAACUAUAAAGCUAGACAGAUGAACUUUUUGCGCCAGUACCAGGCUGUUUCGAAGGAGCAGCAGAAUGUGCAGCUGUUGCGGUUGGCUGAAAAGCGUGCUGCCGCUGCUGUUUCCAAUAAGAGAAGACGUCCUGAGGUGAGAAGACCUUUGAGCUCCGAGGAGGAUAGUGAAAACGAUAAGGAGAAGGUGAGAACGCGUAGAGUUGUUCGUGAGCACCUGGCGGCGCUUUCUGAGAUUGAAAUGGAUGCCUCCAGGCCUCCUUCGCCUGCUCCAAAGAGAAGAAAGGUGAAGAAGGAGACUUCUUACGCCAGCUCGCCCUUGGCGGUUCAACAAGCUGCACUCAUUGACGAGUCGAUUCCAGACUACUCGCCUGACCCUGAAGAGACUUUGCCAAAGGGUAACAACCGUAGUCUCAAGAUUGAAUGGAAGGGCCAGCCUAUGGACUUGAAGAAUGAUCCUCAGGUCGAUAAGUUGCACCCAGCCGAGGUUGUGUUGGCGCUGACGUUGCGUUUACCUGCAAACGUCUACUUGGACUCGAAGAGACGUCUUUUCUUUGAGAAGGUGAACAGAAUGCGUGGCGAUAUGCCUUUCAGAAGAACGGACGCCCAGAAGGCGUGCCGUAUUGAUGUUAACAAGGCCAGUAGACUUUUCGCUGCUUUUGAAAAAGUUGGCUGGCUUGAAGAUAAGAACUUUGUCAAGUUCCUUUAG